UGGGGACUUGUCAAGUCUAAAUUACCCUUUCUUGGUUACCAUGAUGCAUUGCGUUUGGCGCGAGACGUGAAUUAAAGAUGGCGACCGAAACAGACGACACAUGACGGACGACAGGCAGGAGUGACAGCUGACAAAUAACAUAAUGAAGUCUGCUACAGUGGAAGGGAGAUUCUCUCGCCAGCAUUGCUCCAACAAAAGCCACAAAUGUCACGCAGGGCAGACCAAACCUACUCUCCUCUUCAAGGGAAGCAAGAAACCCUCAGGUUUGGAGCCCAAGCACUGCUGCUUUUCUGCACUUCUUCAAGAGAAAGAUGUAGACUUGGGUCCUGUUGAUCAGAACUGGUUUGAAAAGGCAAUUGGUGCAAAGGAACUGCCAGUCAAGGAAUGCCAAGAAAACAGUGUAUGUGAGUCAAACCCCCCAAAACUGGUUGGAGAGAUUACAGAAACACCAGCAAGGCAUCGUUGCAGAAAUGACCAGCAGCAAGCAGUGACACCCCAACUCCUCUUAUCUCCUUGCCUCUUCACUCCUGACGAGCGACGGUCCGUCUCGCAGCAAACCAGGAAACAACAAGAUGAUGGCCAAACAUCACUGUCUACUUCAAGGCAUGCUCUUGGAACUGACAUCAGUCCAGUAACUCCCAGCCUGAUCCCAAUAACUCCCAACCUGCCAGCGGAGAAGCGCAACCCAGCCAAAUGGACCCCUGCCAAGCUGGAUACCAGCCCCUCCUCCCAAGGCUUAGAUCCCACCCAAGAGGAGCCUAGCCUGGGUGGAUGGUUUCCCGUCCACAAACAGACCACGCCCACCUUUAUGAAGCAGCUGUUUAAAACCCCGUCCACUGUCUCCAAGCUGGAGGACAUCAGCUUCGCCACGCCUGGACAGUUUCUGAGUACCCCUCUGCGGAUGUCUGUCAGCCUGGGUGCAGACCUAGACGACUCCAAUCUCUCAUGGACCAGCUCCCUAGCUACACCUCAGGGAUCCACCAAGAAGACCAACACCCUGACAGCAUCAAACGUAGACGGGGAACUGGAAUCUACAGUUAUUGCAAAAGCUCUGUUCACAAGUGCCAUGAAAACACCAGAGGAAGGUUUUCGACCUAGGAGGCUGACUGAUCCCGACAGUCAAUCCAGCACCAUGCCCCUCCAAAGCCUGCACAUGUCUUCCGCAGAGGAAGAAGAAGAGAUUCUGGAGGACACGAUAGAAAGCGACGAUGCAGAUAAUGGUGCCAAGAGAGAGGACAAGAGAGUGGUGGAUGCUGGGGAUGCGAUGCAACAGUCGGGAGGAAGGACAGGUCAGAAUUGUCGGAGACUUAGUUGUGACAUCUCAGACCUCUGCACUCCUGGAACUAAAGGCUUCUUAGCUAAGGAGAUGGAGAGAGAACAAAGACUAGCAGAUGAAGAGAUCCAUAAUUCUGAGGGAAGAGAUAUGGCAGAUGGUGCUCCUAUAAAAGAGGGAGAGGAGGAGGUUGUAAAAACGAGGGAAGAUAAACAAGAUGAGGGUGGAGAAGCUACAGCUGAACAAGCAUGCAUUGCUCAUCAUAAUAUGCAAACUUUAUCAACGGAUGGCUUGACAAAUGAACCUAGAAGCAUUGAGGUGGAUGAGAAAGGACAGUGCUUAAGUUCACUUAUCUCAAACAAACUUCAGGAUGACAACAAUCAAAGACACAAACUUCCAACUUUGAUUCCAGACGCAAUACUCACAGAGGACAAUCCAGAAAUGGUUUCGUCAGUUGAACUAAUGUUCAGAUCUCAAGCACCAAAGCAAACCGGUGAGAGCUCCCAGACAGACAGUCAGAGGUCUUGGAAGAACCUCACUGCCAAUGAUUUGCAAGUCCUCGAGGCAUCAGAUAGGUCGGGUUUGGACCGAAGCCGCCUGGAGGACACCCUCGCAUUCUUCUUCCUGACACCACCUCAGACAAGGAGCAGGCUUGCAAAGUUUAAACAGCAAAAUCUUGCAAAGGAUGGUUCUUCGGUACCCGAUUCAUCUCUUGGUGAAAAGAGAGAAGCAAACGUUGAAAGUCCUGCAUUAACAUCUCUUGAAGAACACAACAACCUUCAAAUGCCAACAAGGACUGUUGAUGAACUCAUGGAAACACAAGACUCUGCACCAACAACGAGACACACUUCCGUGAUAAUAGUGAAGGAAGAAGAUGGUUCCUUGAAGGAAUUUGUUGAAGAUUUGUCCGAAUUAUCAGCAGGCGUGAAUUUCACAAACCCAGGUGUUGGUGAGAGCCUGUCUAGUCUUCAUCCUGAAGAGGAGAAAAAUGAAAUGUGUGACACAAUUAGUGAAAACGAAGGAGAUAACACGAUAGAUGCUUGUGAAGAUAAAGUAAAGAUUUUAAACGUUCAUUCUCCAGAAAACUCAGCUUACCCGUCAUCACUGUCCGUACAAGUAGCAGAAACCAUUUUGUCACCAAGCUUGCCAGUCCAGAAUAUUGCCGGCCUCACUCCUGUUAGGCAGGCACGGAUAUUGGUCUCGCCACCCAACAUUAACAGUCCGGACAUUUUCUCGCAGAUCUCACCAAAUUUUGCAGAAGCUCUGUGCACCAUCACGGACCAGGUGUCUGAAUCUCACCUUGCCCAGAGCGUGCUACCACCAGUGCCUGAAGAAAAUGAACAGAGUUCCUCGAACAAACUUCCAUCACAGAACCAGUCUAACAAAACAUCUCUUUCAUGCAAGUCUCCACUAUUGCCAAAGAAGGAUGAUAGUAAACCACCUCCCUCGGAUGACAACUCAAAUCGCAGUAUGCAAAACAUGACUGUCUCUGAGUCAAAAGGGCAUGGCCAACAGAAUGUUCCAAAGAGUCCACAUGAACAGGCCAGCCAACUGUUCAGAAUGCAGCCCAAAGCCGCCACGACAAGAAAGUUCUUUUACCCAUCUGCUGUCACAGCAUUAACGAAGACUAACAAACCCAAGGCCAUGCAGUGGGUAGCUGAUGCUGUCCUUGUGAAGGCAGAGGAAAAGCAACAACAAUCAGCUCCAGAAACUUUACCAGAGCCGAGACAGGAGACGUCGUCGCUUGGUAAAACAAACAACGAGGCCUCAGCUUCUAUUGGACCAGGCAGCACUAUUUACAGCAGCACUCCAGCUCCGAGAAAUUCAGCAUUUGUCACGUUCACCAACUUUAUCAAGUCUGAGAGAACUUCAGCAUCUGGGACGUCCAAUCCAACUCGGUUGACUCCGAUAGACACCACUGCCCAGGCUCAACAUAAACUGAUGCCAUCCUUCAUGUCACACCAACAAGCAACUCAAGCCCGCAGCUUUCCUGCAGACAGCCGAUCCAACUCAAGCAAAACCUCUGAUGAGACCACACCCCUAAGCCGAAGGACAGUGGCUCCACGGAGCAACACAAGUUACUGUGGGAUUAGACGAAGGGCCGGUGCCCAUGGUUUACCAGCUCCUAAACGGUUGAAGACCACAAUGGAAGAUGACAAGGAGCCAAAACAAACUGGUGAAAUGCUGAAUUCUGUGAAACCUUCGCACAGACUUCCAGCAGACAAAACCAUUCUUAGUUCUGGAAAUCUAGGAAUUAAUGCAUCGCAGAAAGAAACACUACAAGUCGAGGCUUCAAGUAAAAUGACAUCCUCACACUUUAAAGCCAAAGACUUAAGUAGAUCAGAGCACAAACUUGACAUUGGAGUUGGUAAUGCUAAGGUCACCGAUACCAAACUUUGUGCCACUUUAAAGCCGAACAGUGCCAAGCAAUUAGCGACAACUCAAAUGGAUUUAUCCUCAAGAACAAGUACAGAAGGAAUUAUACCAGCCUCGGUGAGUUUUGCCUCUGCUAGUGGGAAACCAAUCAACAUAUUGGAUUCUGCCUUGGAGAAAGCAAAGAAGCUGUGGUCUGAAUCUGAAGAAGAAAGAAUUCCAGAUUCUGUUGGUUUUACAUCAGCAAGCGGUAAAGCUAUUCAGGUAUCGGACUCCGCCCUCAAGAAGGCUACAGCUUUGCUGGAUGAAGCUGAUGGAGAGCAGAGUAUUCAUCCGACAGCUGCUCUCCCUGCUCCUACCAAAGAUGUGCCAUGUGUUGAAGAAAUUACAAAUAUACCACAAUCCAGUAGAAAAGGUGUCAAGGCUCCUGACUGUGCCCCACAAAAAGCCGUGGAUAAUCAAAGAGAACAAAUCGUAUCCAUAGAUUCUGCCUCUGUUAGCACAGGAACAGUUCCAGAUGUGAAUUUUACUUGGACAGUAGUCCCUAGCGUGGCUAGCAUGAAGUCAAAUCAGGUGUCUGAGUCUGCCCUGAGUGAUGCUAAACCCCACUCGAAAGAUGAACAUGGAGGUGCGUUCUUAGAUGUUGAUCCUCUGAAUGAGGCACAAACCGGCCCAAUGCAAGAAUUAAAACGGCCUGCGGCAGAAAAUAUGAAAGGUGCUAAUCCAGUCAAGCCAACAUUUGUAAGGAAUGACAUUUCUUAUUCUAGCCAACACCAAGAUGGUAAAACGGAAAAAGUUCAUGGAGGAACUACCAAUAGCAUCCCUGAUGUGUUUUCAGACAGUGGCAUACAAAAAGCAAAGACGCUUCAAAGUGAGCAGGUGCCAUCUUUCAGUGGAUUUGCCUCUGCAAGUGGGAAAGCCAUUGCCAUCCCUGAAUCUGCCUUGCAAAAAGCCCAAAAGAUGUUUGAUGACGCAGAAAGUGAUAUACAGCCUACCGUUGGAUUUGCUUCCGCUGCAGGUAGACCCAUUCAAAUAUCGGAGUCAGACUUGAAGAAAGCAAGAGCCCUACUGGACGAUUGGGAAGAAACCAGCCUUCCCACUUCCAAGGCACAAUCUCAUCUUCAAAAUCCACAAGGACGGGAUCAGGACAAAAAGAAAAUCAGUGAGAGCUCUGCUGUAUUAGCCAGCCGAAACUCAGUACAACAGCGGCAAACAAAGCUUCAAACAACCAACCAAAAUCUUCCAAAGGGGUUCAGACCAUUUAAGGCCCCAGCAAGAGUCCAGACUGCAGCCACACAGAAGAUCCCAGUGAAAGGCAUCACCCAAGUUGGACGCUUAGGAAACCCACUAAAAGUUGAAGCAGCAACAAGUGAUCACACUGUGCCCCUUGCGAUAAGUCCCAAGCGCUUGCAGAGUAUCCCAGAAUCUCGUGUUCUGGAAUUUUCCCCAGAACCUCUAACAGAAACAAAAAUGACAGUGGCUGAGGGCAUGGAAUUUGAAGAGGAGUUUCUAAGUGCCAGCCAGGAUCAGAGGGAAAUUGAGGCUGCUGAAGAGAUGGAGUCUGCGUAUGCCUUCAUGCAGGCUGAAAAUGACAGCUUUUCUCAAUUUGAAGACUUCACCAUCAACAAGUUGGACCCUAGUAACAGCAUCAAGAGCCCAGGUUGUCCUGUUGGGAACGAGAAUUCAGUGGUAACUGAACGGAAAGCUGAGAAGUCCGAGAAUCUGAAAUCUGAGAUUGUUGCUGAUGAACAGCGCGUCAGUGGACUGUCAGGGUUACACUCGAUCCCACCAAGCCAAGCUUCAUCUCAGGCCUUGGAUGCGUUGGACAAAGCUUUUGUCCAAUCCCAGAGCUCAGAAACGGGGGACGGGGAGACUAGAGGAGCGUUUCAGGCUGAUAAUCACCAAGCGGAGGACUUAAUUAAAUCACAGCAUCAGUCUAACAGCAAAGUUGCAGUAGCUGUCUCUGAAAACACAGCCGUCAACUCUUCAAAAUCUUCUCUGCCUGUAGUCGACUGUCCUUUUGUGGGGUUUCAAACUGCAAGUGGAACCAAAGUUACUUUAUCAGAAGAAGCUUUGCAGAAAGCAAAGAAGUUGUUAGACACAGUCGCAGAUAUCAAUACUGAGAAUGGCAUACCUGUCGAGCCAAAAAGAACUUGCAGAACAUCUGGAAAGAUUGUUAACCGAAAUACAAAGAAAAAUUCCACAGCAGAUCAGAUUGUUUCAGGUUUUCAAACUGCAGGUGGGAACACGUUGCCGGUGUCUAGAGAGUCUUUAGAUCAUGCCAAAAAGUUGAUUUCUGAAACUGCAGAGCAGUUUGAUCAGCAACCAAAGAAUGAUGAAACACCACCAGUUACUUGCUCUCAGCUGAAUGUACAAAGUACUGCAGCUAAAGAGAGCAAAGGCCAAUCUGCAUUUUCAAGUCAUGCAAACAAUCACAUGACAGCAAACGUCACACCUGCUUUUUCUGGAUUUCAAACUGCAGGAGGUAGGAAUGUUUCAAUAUCCGAGGAAGCUCUGAAGAGGGCCAGAAAUUUGUUUUCUGAGGAGGAGAAUAUUGAUUCCCAUUUGCAAACUGGAAAUAUGCAACCACUUGAAAGUAUUUGCACUGAAAAUCAAGAGGUUCUGGCUGGAUGCAUCCAUCGGCAAACAACAGAUAAUGUCAGUGUCAUGGAUCAGCCUGAUGGUGCUGUUUAUGACAGAGGCCAAACAAGCAAAAGUACAAGUAGCAGCUCGGACGUUUCUCUAAAAAGACCAAGUUGUGUCCUAGAAAAAUCUGAAGAGGAAGCCAGGAACCAGGAGUUCAGGAUACAUACUGUCAAAGCAGGUGGAGAUGCCCAGCCACGCGGCUUCACAACUGCCAGUGGCAAUAAAGUGGCAAUAUCACAAGAGUCUUUACAGCAAGCCAAAAUGUUUCUCGAAGAUCCACAGGAGGGAUUUGCUGCAGAGGAAGUUACCUCAACAACUCCAAGAACCUUAGGGAGAGGACCAUUAUGUCAAGGCUUUUCAACAGCAAGUGGCAACAAGGUGUCUGUCUCAGAAGCUGCCCUCAAGAGAGCAAAGAAGCUUUGGCAAGACUCAGAUGAUGGUUUGGGAGUGCCAGUUGUCUUCGACAAGGAGUCCUCAAGCCCUGACUGUAAAAGAAGACGGAUAGACAGGGAGCCUGAUAUAGCCACCCCCAUUGGGUUCCAAACUGCCAGUGGAACUAAAGUCUCCAUUUCAGAGGCCUCUUUACAGAAAACCAAACACCUGCUGGAUGAUUCUCCAGAGUGUUCUAACUCGGCUCCCAAAGCUUCAGCUGGAUUCCAGACAGCUAGUGGAAAUAAGGUCUCUGUGUCUGCCAAGUCUCUCGCAAAUGCUCAGAGAUUGCUUGCAGAUGCCGAGUCUGCUCCUGAACAUGUAUCAAGGAAGCUAAGGAAGCCUCCGAUGGGUUUUUCAACAGCAAGUGGAGCCCAGGUUGCUGUUUCUGGAGCUGCUCUGGAAAGAGCUAGGAGACUCUUCCAAGAAUCUGACGAUAACUUGAGAGUGUCAGACUCAGUGGCAGAUCAGACUAUUUCCAAAGCUCAUCCGCAUGCAGGAGGCGACAAUACUGAUGCAGUUGUUCCAGAUUUUGGAGGCAGAGCAAGCAACAGGCGCACCACACUUUCUCAAAAUCUCAAGACAAAGGUUGCUGUUAACAUGUCCAGCUUCCACCAGGGACCUUUGGCAAAACCACAGAUGACAUCUGCCACAAAGCAAAGAUCAUGGGCUCCAUUCCCUCGACAAGGAAGUGUUACAUCACGUAAACCACCAACUGCUUUCCAGCCCCCCUACCAAACAGCACAAGACCAAACCCCUCAGUCUAGACCCAGGCCAGGCAGGCCACAAGGAGGCCUACAGGUUGUACCUGAGACGGCUAUCCCACUUCUGCCACCAAAACUGGGAACACCCUUGUUGGGCGAUAUCAGGCAAGAUGGUGCACAACCAAACAAGAGAGCAUUGACAUCUAGUAAGGAUGAUCUACAGGCUAGUGGCCCUGCGCCAAAAAGGGCUAGACUUGAGGUGGGCGUGGAGAGGGAGUCUGUUCCAUCGUUGGAUGGAAAGACAACAAAUACCUUGAGCUCUCAGGAACAGGAGACAAGCUUGCCUGUUGGAGGAUGGGAACAGGCAAGGCGGAAGCAAGCUUCAAGGAUCCUGGGCAAAAAGACCCAAGUAUUCAAACCACAACCGGGCAAGCUGUUCACCAAGAGACUGCAUGAGCCUAGAGUGCCUCUGUGGGAACUAGUUAAUGGCCAGCCACCUCAGCAGCACUCCAGUAGUGAGUUGGUGGAUAGUGGAGUUCUCCUGAGCACCCUGACAGUGACGUCAUCCACGGCAGAAGCCUUCAGGUUCUCCCUCAGGGAUCACUACAGUCCUGAGGCUCUAGAGACCAGUGAAGGCUUGGUGCUUGGUGAUGGGGGCAGGCUGGUACCCGACGAUGCAGGCACGGCAGGCAAGGAGGAAUUUUUUAAUGCUUUGCUGGAUACCCCCGGUGUGGAUCCAAAGCUCUUGACGAGCGGCUGGGUCAACAACCACUACCGCUGGAUUGUAUGGAAACUAGCUGCCAUGGAACGAGCGUACCCACCACAUUUGGCUGGAAGGUUGCUUACACCUAAUUGGGUCCUGCUUCAGCUGAAGUACAGGUACGACAGAGAGAUAGACCACGCCCAACGCUCUGCCCUCAAGAAGAUCUUGGAACGGGAUGAUGCACCUUCUAGGAGGAUGGUCCUAUGUGUGGCUGGUGUCCACCUUGAAGAGACGAGUACAGGGGUAAUGGCAAAUCAGGAGGGCACCAGUGCAAAGGAAAAUGAAAGGAUCUCCAGCUCUCCUGUCCCUACCCUUGAGUUGACAGACAGCUGGUAUUCUAUCAGGACAGUCAUUGAUAAACCUCUAGCAGGACUUGUACAUGCAGGCAAGAUAAACGUGGGUCAGAAGCUAUGCAUCUAUGGCGCAGAACUAGUGGGAUCACAGGAUGCCUGUUCACCACUAGAGGUGCCUGCAAGCCUUAGAUUGAAGAUAUCCGCCAAUGCUACCCGCCGGGCUCGUUACGAUGCCCGUCUGGGUCUCCAGCGUCGCCCUCAACCCUUCCCUCUCUCGCUGGCCUCACUCUACCCUGAAGGUGGGCCAGUCGGCUGUGUGGAUGUGGUGGUCAUCAGAAGCUAUCCCAUGCAGUUCAUGGAGAAGCACAGCGAGGGAGGCUGUACCUUCAGAGGCAGACGGGCCGAGGAGAAGGAGGCGGCAAGGUUUGCUCAGGAGAAACAGAAGAGGAUGGAGAGGCUGUACAAUCAGAUACAUAAGGAGAAUCAGGAAAAGGAAAACAAGAAAGUGAAUCCUAGUAGACGGUCCUCCUCAGCUCAGAAGCUUACAGCAAAAGAAGUUGGGAAACUCCAGACGGGACAGGAGCUGUAUGAGGCACUCAAUAAUGCCAUGGACCCAGGAGCUAUCGAGACAUUGCUAUCAGAGAGACAGAUGUCCCAGUUGAAUGACUACCAGCGCUGUCUGCAUGAGAAGAAGCAGGCAGACUUACAGGGGCAGUUCAAACGGGCCAUGGAGGACAAACAGCAGGAGAACCAACUCCAGAGAAACGUGACGCCUCUGUUGAGGCUGAGAGUGGCCGAUUACCUCGGCAAGCCCGAGUCAGGAACGGACACCUAUCAGCUGACUGUCUGGAGACCCACUGAUGAUGUCCUGCAGCUACUCAGUGAAGGCAAACGACUGAAGAUCUUCAACCUCAGCACCUCAGCAGGAAGAUUCUGUGUGGGAUCUAGCACCAUCCAGCUAGCCUCAACCCGCGCCACCCGCUACCAGAUCAUGCCGUUCCCUAAUCCCUCGGCCACUGGCAGGUCCUUCUAUCAACCCAGGGACGUGCUGAGAUUCACUGAGGCUCAUCAGGCUGGGUUCCAGCCAGCGUAUGGUGAAGUGGACGUGGUUGGGGUUGUGGUCACCAUCCAGGGAGCUGCCACCAGCCCAGGCAUGAGCUCCAGUCAGAUAGUUUACCUCAGCGAUGCCGAGGGAAACUUUAUCGCCAUCAAGUUUUGGGGUGGCCUACAGGCCCACUGCAUGGAGACCCUGGUCAAGCCAGGAGCUGUGAUUGCCACUGCCAGUCUCCAGUGGAGGUCCAACAGUGCCUCAAGUUCCAUACCUUGCCUGCACGCUACAGACACAACCUCCGUUACCCAAAGCCCUAAGGCUGAACAUCUCAGAGCUGCUUUGCAACACCUGCAGAACCAGAUUAAGAAUCCCAAGGCUUUUUCACAGAGUAUGGAACCAUUUGCAGUGGAAAUGAUUCAUAAGCAGUUGCGACACCCCACACCCAUGACACCGAGACCAGAAAAUGGUCCAUUUGGCAUGUCACCAUGGUCUGACAGCAGACCCACCAGGGGUAGUGCAACACCAAGUGUAACCUCUGAAAUGGGCCACUCGUCUUUCGGUGGGACUGUUCCCUCUUUUAAUCCGAAUCCAAAUCAUCAAAGCUUUCCCUCUCCCGCCCCAGCAAAUUGGACAAAUCAGUUAAGACCAAAUGCAGCUUCCACACCUCGCCUUCUGAUGACACCUAGAAGUUUAGUAGCCUCCACGCCAGGAGGUAGAACACCACUUGGUGUAGUCUCCACUCCAGUCAUGACUCCCAAUGACAAGAGGAAACUCGAUGUAAGCAGGCGGUACGAUCUCCUGUCCAGGGUGCCCUCCCCACCCCCUCUGUCUCCACUCCCCACCCCCUUGACAAACAGGGCGACGCGCAGCUUCAGGCUACCGUCAAGCAGGAGAUCUCUCCCUAGGCAGGGAUUGAGUUAUGGAUCGAAUCUUCAUUAUACACCAGUGUUAAAAGGUCAAGGGUCAGGGGUCAAGUGCGACAGUUUGCGUAACCAAGGUCAUAGGACUCUUGAAUCGGAAGGAUGUGCUGUCACAGAGUCAGUUCAGUCUUCAGAAGACAUCAAGUCGGCUGCUUUCACCACACCUGCAAAGGACACUGAGAGACAUCUUGAUGCAACAUGCAAGCCGGAGAAUUCUCCAGAGGAGGACAUGACACCAAGUCAGCGGCAGAUACAAGAAGUACUGGGGAUGUCUUACAAGAGCCUUGGAGAGAUUGACUUGGAGUGGACCCAGCAGGUGGAUCCCCCACCCUCUCCAGAACCUGCCAUCACUGACGGUCAGAGUUCCCAAGCAAGCCCAGACUUCUCCUAUGAUACUCCAAGUCAGUCUUCUACUGUCAAGGAGGAGGUAUCCUCAGCUCCUACAUCAAAAUCACCUACAGGCUCUAACAUGAUUAAAGAUAAUGAUACAAAACUGGUGGAAGAAAAGCCUGUAGUUAUGUCCAAAGUUGACAAGAGUGAUGGUCGGAGUAACAAGCCAUUGACCAGUAAGAAAAACCUCGGCCGCAGAAGCCGAAGGGGACUUGUUGGAAGAGAUACCUCCGUGGUGACACCUGGUGCGUCUAGUCGUCAGGAUUCGUCACAGAAACAAAAACUAAUGAGUGAUCGAGAAGAUCAGAAAGCCAAAGGCAGGGAUAACCAGACGAAUGAGCAGCAGGCAUCAGAGGAAACUGACAUGAAAGGAAAAGAAAAGCCCACGGAUGUUGAAGGAGACAAGAAUCUAUUAAAGGAUGAGCGAGAAGCUUCCAAAGAUGCAGUUGAGGUUGGUGGUAAGGACUUUCGACAGGAUAAACUAGCUUUGAGUGAUGAUACCACCACAGAGCAGCAGGUACCUCCCAAACAAGUGUCUGGACAGAAGAAGAGGCGGGCACGGUCAAGAGCUGAUCUCUCCAUCUUGGAGCAGAGCAGCCUUCUGGGCAGUGAGUCGGGCGAGCCCACAAGAAGGCUCACUCGCUCUUCCAGUAGAAGGCCAACUGUGGAAAAAUAGUAAGACAUUCCCUCUGUGAACCUACAUUUCUGGCAAAGUCAUUUUCAUGGGAUCACGAAUCAGCCGUACAAUAAUGGUACGUGUAUUUGGUGCUACCUAGUAUUUGUUCUAUCUGUUAAUGGAAAUUUACAUAAACGGAUGGCAAUAAUUUAGAAUAUUUUAAAUAAUGCCUAAUUUCUCAUGUUUGGCUGCUUUUUCAUUUUCUUUUUUUGCAUGGAGUAUAUACAGUAUACAGGAUAUACAGUGAACGCAUUUAAUUUCUAGCGAAACUAUUCAGUAUUAAUUUAAACCCAUCUUUAAAGAGAAAUAUAAAAUUCUUAAGUUUUGUCCUUAAAUUUGUUCACAUUUUACUCAUUUUUUGUGUAUUCAACUAAAUGCAUUAAUGCUGCGCAAGAAGCUUUUAUUAUGAUAUUUCAUUGUGAAUAGCAAAAUUAACUCAUUUUAAUUAAAGUUCAUAGUUCAACAGACCUUACUUUUUCAUUGUUCCAUUUUUUGCAAUGCUAUUAAACCAGUCAUUAAAAGCAAUGGCAGGAAAACAGA